GGCUUAGCCGGGGGUGCCUUGGCUGAGAGAAAUAAAGGAGAAGGAUUCACGGAUUAAGAUAAAUUCCUCAUUUUCAUUACAGGCUUGGAGCUCCUCACUUUGACUUGUGCUUAUGUGAACGGGAGCCAGAAAACCUUGAGAGCUCCAAACUAAGCUUCGGCACGGACAUGGCACAGGAGAAAAUGGAACUAGGCUUGGAGGUGCUGCCGAGUUCAACCACCACAGAAGACAACACUCUGAGAAGAUCCAACAGCGUCCCUUUGAUCAGUGGGCUUGGUGGUAAUUCACAGGUGUUCCAAUCUGAUACAUUAAGAACUCGAAGAAACAGUACAUCGUAUAUGGCACAGCACUAUCUGUUUGUGCCACCUUCUCCCAUUCAGGCUUCCACCAGUCACCUUCAUCAAAUCAAACAGAGAGAAGAGCUGGCUUAGUCAGACAUAGAAACUCCCCGUCUGUGUCUGCUCAAGGCAUUACCAACCGAAUAGCUCCAUCUGAAACAUCAGACCUGUAGAUUAAAAUUAAAAAAGGGAAGAUGCAUUCUCUGACAUUUUUCCCCAGUGAAGAAAUUAAGAUGGAAAAGGAAAAGUUUGUUCCUAAGUCUGUAGUUCUAAUCCUCAAGAGUGAAGGAGUUACGGUGUGUGGGGUAGGGUUCUCUUAAAAGAAAAAUUGUGUAAAUGAAGUGUUUUGUAGGGCACUUAAAAGAAAUGCAGGAUUGUGCUUGAUGUUUCUUAACUUCUUAUUUUGAAAUAAUUAUAGACUCACAGGAAGUUCCCCUUCACUCCGUCUCCCCCAAUGAUUACAUUGCACAUAAUUAUAGUACCAUAUAAAGGCCAUAAAGUUGACAUAGGUACAAUGUGUGUGUAUAGUUCUACGCCAUUUUAUUACAUGUAUAGAUUCAUGGAACCACCACCGCAAUCAAGACACAAAACUAUUCUGUCACCACAAAGAUCUCUCUGGUGUGCCCCUUUAUAGUCACACGUACCCCGUCCCCCUCCACCAUCCCUAACCUCUGGUAACCAUUAAUUUGUUCUCCAUCUCUAUAACUUUGUACUUUAAAAAGUACAGUUUCUGUAAGAAGAUGGAUUGGCACCUCUAGCUUUCACCGAAUUUCAGGCCUGAAGGAGUAACUUCUCCAGCCCAGUCUCCCAUCCCAUGCCCAAAUUCUGUCUACGACAUCUCUUCCAAGUGUCCAGCCAGCCCCUAUGACAUGCAAACCAGAACGUUCUCCAGGAUUUUAGGAGUGUUGAGGUAUUUGAUAUAAAUAUUUAGACCAAGGACAUUGUUUCUUUCCAUACAUUUAUUCAGUAGUAAGCAAAACUCUUACCUUUAGAUUAAAUAUUACAAAAUGCCCUCUCACCUGCUGAUUUUUCCCAUCACACACUGCCCUGUCCCAAACAAACAUCUCCUUUUUCCAUUCCUUUUACGUAAUGAGAGGGAUGAGAUGCGGGAAGCCUGGAAGGCUCACAGAAAAUUCCAGAAAUCCCUUCCUUAACUACAGAUUAGUCUGGCUCCCAGCAGCUGGGGCCUUUCAAAUGUAUGUGGUUCAUGUGUGGAAUUUAUUUCUUGGGCUGAUUGUGUGUUAUCUACAUGGUAUCUACCAGGGUCAUUCUGUUAGAUAAUCCGAACUGGAGCCCAACUCCCCAGGACUCCCUUGUGGGGAAGAGAGCUUUAUGGGGCACCCUAUAGCCUGUUGUAAGAACAUCAGAAAAUAAUGACUCAAAGUCAUGGUAAAACUGGAAGGGGCUAGCAGAAGCGAAGCUAUGGGGGUUCCCCCACCUCCUCUCCCCUGGACUAUUUUGAAAUCUUUUCACGAGCUUAACUCGCUCUUCACGUCACAAAGAGCGCUGUGCUCUCCUCAACUGGAUAGCAGCACAUAUACAGAUCCAGACUCAGACCCAUUAGGAUGUGCCCUUUAGAAUAAAUUCAAACUAAUGGCUCCCUCCAUAGCCAGCCCCAGAAGCAGAAGUGGGGAAGGCAUCUGACUUUGGCCCGGGAGACACUGCAGUCUACUGAAUGCCCUCUUCUUGAAGUUGGAACAACAGUGCCCCAGCUCCCUACUUUCUGAGUAGGGGCCCCUGCCUUCCAGAACAUUCCUGGCUUCCCCUUAGGUGGGGAGAGUAUGAGCAGUGAGGAAAGGAAGGACAGAAUGCAGCUAGCUUUGUGCCCCACCCCAAGUGCCAUUCCUCUGGGUCCACAUCACAGCUUGCAACCCAAAGGCCUUCAGUACUCGUGUCUCAGUGUCUUCCCCCUCACCAAAUAACCCAUGGGUGUAACUUGUAAUUUCCAAAGUGAAAAGGUAUUUCCAACUAAUUUAAUAAUCCUGACACGUUCUCAGCUGCCUUUUAGUUUUUUUAGGGGGUAGUUUUGUGGCUACUCUGGUGCUAUCUUUUUCUUCAGCCUGUGGUAAGUGGAAAGAAGCGAGGGCCGGCUCACGAUCAGGAUGCUGGUCUUGGCUGUGCCCCUUCCUUGCUGGAGGGCAAUUAACUUCAACUGUCAGAGCCUCUGCUUCCUCAUCUGCACAAGAGGGAUAAAUAAUAACUGCCCUCCUAACCUUACAAAGGUGCUCAUUUAGAUAAACAGAUCUUAGACAUGUCUUUGUGAAAUUUUCAGAGGGAAAAUAUAGUGAUCAAAAUAUUCAAAUACAGUAUUAAAAUACUAUUUAAAAUCUUCUUCAAUGUUU